UCGGGGCCGGCGGGCGGCACCAUGUCCCCGGGCAGCGGGGUGAAGAGCGAGUACAUGAAGCGCUACCAGGAGCCGCGCUGGGACGAGUACGCGGCGUGCUACCGCGAGCUGCUGCACUACCGCCUGGGCCGCCGGCUGCUGGAGCAGGCGCACGCGCCCUGGCUCUGGGACGACUGGGGCCCGGCCGGCAAUUCGGACGACUCGGCGUCGUCGGGCGCCGGGAGCCCCACACCCCAGUGUGCCCCGGCCUCGCCGCCACCGCCCGCUGAGGCCGCGGCGCGGGAGGAGCCGGCGGCGGAGGCCGAGAAGGCCGGGGACGCGGAGGCCCGAGACGCGGAGGCCCGAGACGCGGAGGCCCGGGACACGGAGGACACAUCUCUGCCAGCAUCACCGGUAAAAGACGUAAAAGAAAAACCCGAACAAGAGAUCAGAACAAAAGAGACUGACAAAUUACCCAGCGGCCCAAAACCUCGACAACAACCCAGUGCCUUGUUUGCUAGAGGAACCAGGAAAGCAGUCAAAAGUCCUCAAAGAUCAUCAAGUAAAAUAAAAGAAAAGAAGCAUCCAUUUGCUCUUUAUGGGUGGGGAGAAAAGCAGACGGAUACAGGAAGCCAAAAGACUCACAACGUCUGUGCUUCUGCCCCCGUGCGCGAGAUUCAUGAAUCAGCAUUACGAGCCAAGAACAGGAGACAGGUAGAGAAAAGGAAACUGCUCUCUCAAAGGCAACGCGCUCACUCGGCGGAUGUGGAGAACAGCAGGAGGGUGAAGCCUUCCUCCUCGGAGGACCGGUGGGUGACGGAGUACAUGAGGUGCUACUCCGCCCGCGCGUGAAGGGAGAAGCCGCCUUGGCUCUGCUCGGAGCGCCCCCUUUGAGCAGUGUAAAUAAACAAACAAAACAAAACAAAAACAAACAUCAAAAGGAACCAGGUUGAAGAGACCAACGGAUUAUGCAAGAUUCUUCUUAGGGAAUUUCCAAAAGAGCGUUCUCUUUUGAUGAACCGCAGUCACCUGCCUCAGCAGCAGGGUGGCAGUCGAAGCCAUAGACAUUUGGUUAUUUACGAUGACAGUUCCCUAAAUCUUUGAUAUUCUUCUAAGGGUUUUGUUUUAAAGCAUCUUAAUCUUUUAAGAAAUCGACACCGAAUGCCUUUAAAUGGCUAUAGAUGCUUAACCUUCAGCAGUUUGUCCAUCAGUUUAGGCGGAGCCCGUUUUGUCCUGUUCUGAGUGACUUGCCGGAUUCCACAGCUGGUAAGAUCAUCCCAACUUCAGCCUAAGACUCGUUUUCCUUCUGUGUAGCUUUGUGAAAGAACGUCAAGUCAGAAGGGAGUUUCAGCACUCAAAGUGAUCCCCUAUGUAGUGAAACUAGAACUUUGGUAGUUUCUGAACAAUCAAGCUUAAUUGUACUUCAGUUCAGCACUUCGCGUAGGCUGCGAUAUUUAAGAAUUUUCUGGGCUGGGGGAGGCUCCUCUUUUCUCUUUAAAUCAUCAUCUAGAUUCUAGGGGCUUAUUAUUUAGUAGUUUACUAGAGCAAGUGCAUUCCAGUAAAAAGGGUCCCGUGCAGUGUGUCCAGAGAAAUACUGAAGUUCCUUUUGAAUCAAAGGAGGCUGGGCCACUUUUUAAUUGUUUUUAGAGCACAUAAUUGUUUUUAGAAUGGGUUGCUUGCAGCUGGCACACGCCCAUGUAGACUAUUGUCUCUUCUGUUACAGUCAACAAGGAUGGUUGGGACUUAUCUGAAAUUUUAUUUAAUAAAACUGUGAUUGUCUGGCCUGCUCCUUGGGGGAUGAGGGACAAUUAGUCAGAGGCCCAUCAGAGAAGUGGCCCACCUGCUUUCUCUACUUUUUUCUUUCCAGAACUCACUAGCAACAAAGCCUCAAUACUGUACAUACUGACUUUUGGUGGAACUGCAUUCCUAGCUAGUAGGUCUUGUACAGAACUUAGUGUGAGAGGAUGUUUGUGUGUAGGUCCAAAUGCAAGGAUGUGUAUGAAUAAAGUGCUCCGUCCCUUUAGUAAAUAAAUUUGCUUUGGGGACUGAGAAGCCAUUUUAAGGAAUACUGGUUCCCAUCCAGUGGAGACGGGACUUUCCAGGACGGACAAGAUACUUGGCCAACUCAGCCCCUGGAGAUGCGUGAAUGAAGAUUUGGUGUUGAAUGUGAGGUUGAGUGUUUCCUUGAUAUUUGUACUUUGGGUCAUUGAAGUAUUAUGGUCACAUUUUAGAACACAAAGAUGUUUUAGUCCACACAAAACCUUCACAUAAUAUCAACUUAGAACUGUAUUAAGCUGUGAAAACUCAUACUGAAGAAUCAUGAGCUUAAAAAAAACCUUUUUAAAUAUUUUGCAUCGUUUUGAGGUGAGUUAUUUUAUAAAGAGAGCUCUCCUAAUCAUUGAGAUGUGUAUUUAAUAAGAGGAAGUUCUAUAUGUUGUCCAAAACAACCUUGCUAGUCAUUCUGGUGACUUUUGCUAUUAUUGUUAAAGUCCUUAAACAUCGCCAGUUCCUUACAGAUCAAAUUAAUAUGGUAAGUGUGUGGUGUAGCUGAUUGUGGACGCUGUCCUUUCAAACCACCUCCUGCACGUUGGGGUCUAGCCAUUCUACUCAAGCGUUCCCGUUGCACCUGACAGUCUUAGGGGUGGGAGCUCUGGGGGUAGCGCUGUCCCCGCAUGGACAGACUGCCUUAGAAAUCCAGCUUCUUCUAGGCUUGGAACAAGCCAACCUCUCUCCUUUAGAAAACAGACUCGUAUUUAACGAGCUUCCUAGUGAAAACUCCAGGCGGAGAUCUGGAAAAACCUAGGAGGCAAUAUUGGCCGUGUUUCCCUUUUUUAAACAGGGGACAAAUGAGCAAGAUUUUUUAAAGUACUUUUAAUGUGCAUGAAUGAUGAAUAAAUCAUGAAUUAAUUGUGACUCCCCUUCUUAUGUCUUACUUAAGUCAUUAGGUUAGGGUUUCUUUUUUUUCUCUGUAGGGGUGCAAGUUAACUUGUGAGCCUAUGAAAUAUUUUAAGUUGUAGCAAUUUGAAGGUCUAGAAACUAACGUGGUUGUAAUCAUGUUUCUAAUUCUUGGGACAACUUGCCAGAGAGCAAGAUAGUUUAAAAUUACCUUUCAUGUUGAAGAGUGUGAAACUGCUUGAGAAUCCAGUGAUAUUUAAAAUAUGGAAUAAAAUAAUUGCUACUCAGACUCUCUUUUUAAAGUUUUGUUUUAAGCUCUUAAUUAAAAUGAUUUCCAUAAAUGUGUUUCUAUGUAACUUUUAUGAAGAGAAGUAAUAGAUUACUGAAUAACAUUUGCAUCUGCUGGACCUAGGGGAAUGACAAAUAAAUAGGAAUUAAUUCUUUCUUUUGAUUUUUUUUUUAAACCUAAAAGGCUGCUCUUACGUAGUUGGUACCUCUGGUUAUAUGUAUAUCAACCCUCUCCAUAAAAUUUCUAAGUACAUAUAAACAUUUUUUAAGUUUACUAAAGAUAUAAUAAGAUAUAGUUUAUCUUAAUUGCUCAUCUUGUAGGAGGCAUUUAUUUAUGCCACUUCAUAUGUAACAGUUUUAUCAUGUUUAUGCUAGGAAACUCAGCUAAUUAAAUUGCAUAGAACCGCCACCGAGUUAUUGGAAAUCAUAACAUCCAAAACAGAACAUUGCACAAUUUGCAGAUUUAAAAAACCUUUAGCAUAUUCCUCUCCUCUUAUACAUUGAUAAUGUUGUCCUGGGUAUAAACUUCAAACAUGGGAUGUUACAGUACUUGAUAUUUAGAAUGUUUGGAAGUAUUAUUGGCAAAAAGGGAAUGAGGUGAAGUGUAUCUUAGAAAUAAAAAUUUUUCUUGUUGGCUGCUUUGGUAAAAAAUUGUUGAGUGGAUAAUAUGACACUCCACUGGAUUAGAUUAAAAAUGGUGCUAAUAUUUAUAAAGCCUGAUGCUGUGUUGGUUUGGUAUCAAACUGCUAAUGCCUGACUCAUACACUCCGGACUGUAGUGUUGCGAUCUGUUAAAUCAUUUAAAAGUGGUCUGAAAAAUGUUACCUGGUCAUUUCCAAAUGUUUGCAUUUGAAAUGGAUUUUUGCACAAUAGUUGAAAUAGAGAGUUAUUCACUGUAAGUGUUUGCUUAAUACCAAAUUUGGUGCAAGGAGCUCUGUCUAGAUUUUCAGCCCAGACUUGGUCUUUUCAAGCUUGCUGGUAUGAGAUGGGAAACAUUCCCUCCUUUGAUACUUCCAUUCAUUCGGGAUGCCUGAAUGAAGAUAUUAGAAGCUUCUUUUUGACCUAAAAAGAAA